GGGGAGCCAGAGUCUGCUGGUGCUGCAGCGCCAGGCAGGGCAAAGGAGACCCCGCCCAGCGCCGGCCGCUCGCUGCCCGCAUUGGCUGCGGCGGCCGGCUGUUGUGAUUCCCCGCGGCGGUCCCUCGCCUCGCCUCGCCGCUCCUGGACGAGCCGCAGACAGGUACCGCCCUCCGGAGCUUAAUCCCGGCGGCACAUGGGGAGAUGCUGCUGCGCCGCGUCCGCGCCGCGCCUGCCUUGCUGCUCGGUUCGUGCGCUCGCCUCCGCUUGAGCCAUGUCGGCGAGAGUGGCCCACCCUCAGGAGCCUCACCACUCCACUGAGAAACCAGUGAUCCACUGCCAUAAAUGUGGGGAACCAUGUAAAGGUGAAGUGCUUCGAGUCCAGGCCCGGCAUUUUCACAUCAAAUGUUUUACCUGCAAAGUAUGUGGGUGUGACUUGGCUCAAGGUGGCUUUUUCAUUAAGAAUGGGGAAUACCUCUGUACUGUGGAUUACCAGCGGAUGUACGGGACCCGGUGCAAUGGCUGUGGGGAGUUUGUGGAAGGAGAAGUCGUGACUGCCCUUGGGAAGACCUAUCAUCCCCACUGCUUUGCCUGCACUGUGUGCAAACGUCCUUUCCCUCCAGGGGACCGGGUUACCUUUAAUGGAAGAGACUGUCUCUGUCAGAUGUGCGCUCAGCCAAUGUCAUCCAGUCCAAAGGAACUCUCCAAUUCCAGUAAUUGUGCAGGCUGUGGAAGAGAUAUAAAAAAUGGACAAGCAUUACUAGCCUUGGAUAGGCAGUGGCAUUUGGGAUGCUUCAAAUGUAAGGCCUGUGCCAAAGUGUUGACUGGAGAAUACAUCAGCAAAGAUGGUUCACCUUACUGUGAAAAGGACUAUCAGGUUCUCUUUGGUGUCAAAUGUGAAGCAUGUCACCAGUUCAUUACUGGGAAAGUCCUAGAGGCAGGUGAUAAGCAUUACCAUCCGAGCUGUGCACGAUGCAGCAGAUGCAGCCAGAUGUUCACAGAAGGAGAAGAAAUGUACCUGCAAGGCUCCACAGUUUGGCACCCUGAUUGUAAACAGUCUUCUAAGGGAGAAGAAAAGCUUCGGCCAACAAGAGUAUCCUCUGAAAGUAUUUAUUCCAAACCUGGCUCCAGUAUUCCUGGUUCACCAGGGCACUCAAUCUAUGCAAAAGUAGACAAUGAGAUCCUUGAUUAUAAGGAUCUAGCAGCAAUUCCUAAAGUCAAGGCCAUUUAUGACAUUGAGCGUCCAGACCUAAUUACUUAUGAGCCCUUCUACACUUCCGCCUACGAGGAAAGACAGGAGAGGCAGAGUCUUGGAGAGACUCAGAGUUCCAGAUAUGGCAGUUCUCCUGUGCACGAUGAAAGUUCUCCAAGGACACUCUCUCCAACCCCAUCCGCAGAGGGUUAUCAAGAUCUUCGGGAUCGGAUGAUCCAUCGGUCCACCAGCCAGGGCUCCAUUGGUUCUCCUGUGUACAGCCGUCAUAGCUACACUCCCACAAUGUCACGUUCACCACAGCAUUUUCACAGACCUGGCAAUGAGCCGUCCAGCGGUCGGAACUCCCCUGCCCCUUGUCGCCCAGACAGCCGCCCUCUAACACCAACUUACGCUCAGGCCCCUAAACAUUUCCAUGUUCCAGAUCAAGGCAUCAAUAUUUAUAGAAAACCACCUAUCUACAAACAACAUGAUGCAGCUGCUUUGGCAGCCCAGAGCAAGUCCUCCGAUGAUAUCAUCAAGUCCUCUACGUUCCCAGCAGCCCACGCUCCAGCACCCAACGAGAUUCCAAAGAUUGAGACAGAAUACUGGCCAGGUCCUCCCUCACUUGCGGCUGUAGUAGGUUCUGACAUGAGACGCAGAUCAACUGGCAGAGAUGAAGAUCUUGAGGAACUUCAGAGGCGUCGGCAACUACAGGAGGAACAACUGAUGAAGCUCAACUCAGGUCUGGGCCAAUUGAUAUUAAAAGAAGAGAUGGAAAAAGAAAGGUUAUCACUUUCCACCAGUCGUUACGAAUCACCAGUUAAUCCGGCCUCACAUGCCACUGCCUCGAAAACCUCUUCCCUCCCUGGCUAUGGAAGAAAUGGCCUUCAUCGGCCAGUGUCUACAGACUUUGGUCAGUAUAACAGCUAUGGAGAUGUGAGCAGCGCUGCUCGAGAUUUCCAGUCCCUCCCAGAUGAUCAUGUCACUGGAAUGCGAAUGGACAGAGGAGUAUCUAUGCCUAACAUGUUGGAACCAAAGAUAUUCCCAUAUGAAAUGCUCAUGGUGACCAACAGAGGGCGAAGUAAAAUUCUAAGAGAAGUGGACAGGACUAGGUUGGAGCGCCAUUUAGCACCUGAGGUUUUUCAAGAAAUAUUCGGCAUGACGAUACAAGAGUUUGACAAGUUACCUCUUUGGAGACGGAAUGACAUGAAGAAGAAAGCCAAACUCUUCUGAAUCACUCCUUCCUUUUUUAAAGAGAGAAACAAAUCACGUAUAGGAUGAUGUAUUAUACUUACAUUAAAUUCAAACACUUUUUUGGAAAGUAACCACUCAAGAAGCAAAGAAAAAAAGGCGGGGAGGACAUCUGAGAGAGGCAUCUCUAUUCAUCUCGUGAUUCUACAAGGGCCUGUCCAUUUUGUCAGGGAGUUGUGGCAUGAACAUGUCUGAAUUUAAAAUCGCAGCAGUGGGUUUCAUGCGUUAUAAAGUUUUUACACACAUGUUCACAAUAUGCAGCUGCUCUGCCCUCUGUAUUUUCCAUUCUUGUCAAAGAUCAAGGGGACUGUAUUGGUAGAGUCCGGAAGUGCCCAUAGGACACUAAGCCACAAUGAUGUAGUCAUGGUCUCACCAAGGGUUGAAUGAAUUAAUAUAUUCAAUAGUUAAGGAAGGAAUCCAGUGUAAUAUGUUUAUCCUUUGGGCAUGGCCAUUACAGUUCGUUGACAUUAUUCUCAAACUGCCUAUUAUUUCCGUUCAUCAGCAAAGCAGGCCAAUGAUACAGCUCUGCUCUGUUUUGCUGCAAACCAGCCAAAUUCUUUGAGAGCAAACUGCCAGCUUGCACUUGCGCAUAUCUGCUAGGAAUCUCAAUAGCAAAUUGCUGUGGUUAUUGACAAAACUUCCCUCCUCCAUCCGCCCCACUCCCUGCUUUAAUUAAUACAGCUCCUGCUUUAAGCGAAUUGUUUAAUAUUUAACAAGAGUA